GCUAGCGAUAAGUUUAAUAUCUGAAUAGAAAAUUUGGAUGGAAAUGGUUUGUUUACACGGAAUAUAAAUCUCAAGAGGGAUUCUUUCGAUUCUCAAGCGGACGGGAACCGAGAACCAAAGGGGAAUGUACAUAGUUUGGAUGUUUGUAUAACACCGGUGGCUAUUUUUUUUGUUCAAAAAAUGUUGCCAGGUCGAGCAGCGGGAUAAUUCUGGAUUAUAACCAUUUAGUUUGGCUGUUUUGAUUCGCUUUCCAUGGAAAAGAGGGUUUUUAAAACUCGUGGGAUUAUUUUGGACAGAAAAGCGGUCGGUAUGAGUCGGUUUUUGGUCGAGCAUCGUUGGAAAGAAUAGCCCGACUGAGCCGGGAUGUAAAACCCUGAUGGAGCUCAAGAUGUGGGGAUGAAAAAGAGGAAUAAAAUCAAAACUACUCAAGUUCACACCAAGUGGAAUUAAAAAUAGAUUAAGUCUGGGAUAUUUGGAUUAUCGACAUCAAAUAUUUCACCGCGAAUUGGAUUAUAAACUGGAUUUUCUUUCUGGGUUUGGGAGUCUGUAUAGUGGGUCUAUUUACCCAACCCCCUCCUCCUGAGAAGCUCUAAACAACACAGUAACUCCUAACAAAUGUCCUUAAAAACUCCAUUAUUACUGACAUGACGGACAUAGCUAAACAUUUCUAGUCUUAAAGAAUGUCAUCAGAGGAGAACAUUGUCGAUUCCUCUGAUAAAGAACCCUCGACAUCUGUGGGCGGAGCUGUGACCACGCCCGGUGGAAGCCCCGCCAGCAAUGAUAGACGGCCCCGAGGCAGGCCUCGGAAGGAUGUCGUAUCAGCGCCCAGGCCGAGGAGAAAGAGUCGGGGUCGGGGUAAGCUGGCGCUGGAGGAUGAGGACAGCGCUGACGGGAUGGACGCAGCGGGCGCGCAGGAACCCGACGGUAACGUCCAGCCGGAGGAGGGCGACGGCGGAGGCGCGGCCGCGGCGUCUCCCUCAGCCGACGGCGAGGAGGAGGAGCGCCCUGCGCCGGCGCUCUCUCCGGGUCGCGAGGAGACGGCGGAGGCGGGAACGCCGGCGGCCUCGGGAGAAGCUAAAAGCAGUGAGCGGCUCUGUGCCUUUUGUUACCGCGGCGCCCGCAGCCUGCUCGGUCAGGGGGAACUCAAGCUCUUCAAGCCGACGCCCGGCUACCAGCCUCCGCCCCACCGGAACCAUGACGACAGCCAAUCAGGGAGGCCCCGUGGUCCGGAGAGCGCUGGAGCGGAUGACGCUGGGCGCGGGCUGUGGGACGAGCUCCAUCGCGUCGGGCUGCCCGAAGACGUGGACGCCCGGUCUCUCUUCGACCAAUCAGGUCAGUUCUGGGCUCAUCAGAAAUGCGCCCUGUGGUCGGACGGCGUGAGCCAGGCAGAGGACCAAUCACUGCUCUACGUGGACAGAGCCAUCCACUCAGGGAGCACAGAGCACUGUGCAUAUUGCAAGCGCCUUGGAGCAUCCAUUAAGUGCUGUGAGGAGGGGUGCGGCCGCUCGUACCAUUAUCCGUGUGCGGGGGGAGCAGGAACCUUCCAGAACUUCAGGAAGCUCUCGGUCCUCUGCACCGAACACCUGCACCUGGCAACCGGCACAGCGGAGGUGACCUGUGUCCUGUGUGAGAGUGCUGGAGAUUUACUGGACCAGUUGUUCUGUACCAGCUGUGGUCUGCACUACCACGGCAUGUGUCUGGACAUCAGCGUGACUCCUCUGAAGCGGGUGGGCUGGCAGUGCCCCGAGUGCAAAGUGUGCCAGACGUGCAAGAACCCCGGCGAGGACACGAAGAUGCUGGUGUGUGACAUGUGCGAUAAAGGCUAUCACACCUUCUGCCUGCAGCCUGUCAUGGACUCCAUCCCCACCAACGGCUGGAGGUGCAAGAAUUGCAGGGUGUGUGUACAGUGUGGUACCCGGAGCAGCGGUCUGCUGUGUGGAGGCUGCGCUGAACAUCAGGCGUCUCCUCUCAUCUGCUCUCUGUGUGAUGGAGAGCUGGAUAACGAACUCCACAGAGAUCUGCUCUCCUGCCGCCACUGCAAACGGUGGAUCCACGUGGAGUGUGAGAGGCAGCUGGAGGGUCACGUGGAGCUCCAGGCUGGAGAUCCGUACACGUGUUCGGCCUGUAAAGACGCCGGAUUUGCGCCGGUUCCUGCGAGCGCAGACUCUAAAGCGCCGCACACGGAGGAGGAGACGGUCGCACAACCGGAACAAUCAGACCAGGCUGGUGAGGCCGGUCAGGGUCUCAGCACAGAGCCGGUCCAGACCUCCAGUGAGGCGGGGUGUGAGGUGGAGAUGACGGAGCACAGAGAGUCGGAAGCGAGAGCUGAUACGGGUUGUGAAGAAGUCCAACCAGCAGAAACCGAGACGUCACCGAGUGAAACCGCUGCAGCCGCACAGCCUGCUCAGGACGCAGCGCCGUCAGGUGAUCCAGAACCUUCUGAGCAGGAACCAGAUCCUCAUCCACAUCAGGAGAAGCCUUCACCGUGCAGAUCCACAGAACCAGCCUUCCAUCGAGAGGAGCUCAAACCAAACCUGGAGGAGCAGGAAUCCAUCACACCAACCACCAAAGAUAUGGGAGCGUCUCAGCCUUCUGAUGAGGAACCCAUGGAGGUCUCUGAAACGACAGAAAUGUUAAUGGAGACUGAAGAAAGUUCUGCGCCAAAGGAGGAGGAGACGAGUCCCUCAGUGCAGCACAAUCAGAGAACCGCCGAGAAGCUCACAGUGGAGGAACGAGAUGUUUCAGAGGGUCUCUUAGUGAAGGAAAUUACCUCUGAGGCUCUCAUGGUGGAGGAGAGUACAAGAACUUCUGAAGCUCCAAUGGUGGAGGAGAGUAGAACUUCUGAGGCUCUCACAGUGGAGAAGAGUAGAACUUCUAAAGCUCUCACGGUGGAGGAGAGUAGAACUUCUGAAGCUCCAAUGGUGGAGGAGGGUCAAAGAACUUCUGAGACUCUUGGGGUGGAGGAGGGUCAAAGAACUUUUGAUGCUCCCACGAUGGAGGAGGGUCAAAGAACUUCUAAAGCUCUCAUGAUGGAGGAGAAUAAAAGAACUUCUGAGGCUCUUGGGGUGGAGGAGAAUAAAAGAACUUCUGAGGCUCUUGGGGUGGAGGAGAGUCAAAGAACUUCUAAAGCUCUUAUGGUGGAGGAGGUUAAAAGAACUUCUGAGGUUCUCAGGGUGGAGGAAAGUAACACAUCUUCUCAGACAUUUUUGGAAGGUCCAACAGUUCAGGAAUUUAAAAGUUCUUCUGUAAGGUUCAUUCAGGUAAAACAGGAAGGAUGUUCUCUAGACCUUGCUCACAAAACUCUUACUGGAGACCUGGAGCUGGAGCAACAUGAGGGAACUAGAGAAAGUCUCAUGAUGCAGGAAUGUAAAAGCUCUCACAGAGGUCUCGUGGUGAAGGAACCAGGAUCUUCUGAAGGUCUGACAGUGGAGACGUCUGUAAGAUCUUCUGAAGGUCUUAAGGUGGAGCAACCUCAUGAAGACCUCACAGUGGAGGAACAUAAAGGAUCAUCUCAAUGUCCUACCAUGGAUCAACAUGUAAAAGCGUCAGCAGCGUCUGGAAGAUCUACAGAACUCACUGUGGAGAACUCGGAGGCUCCUGGACGUCCUGACGUUCUCUAUGAGGAGAUGGACAUCAGCAUGGACGGUGAGCGCAGCCUGGCGAAGCUGAGCUCUCUGGUGGAAGAAAGAACCUCGUUAAAGCCAUUACAGAUGAAACAGCCGGAGAGCUUCCCUCCGUCUCUAAUCAGCCCCCAGACCUUCUGUGGACACGGGGAGCCCAGCAGCCAUGUGCCUUCAACCACCUUCUUCCCUCUGAUGCCCAAAAUCGGGAUGGGAAAACCCGCCAUCUCCAAGAGGAAGUUCUCGCCAGGGAGGCCCAGAGUUAAACAGGGAGGAUGGAGCACCUCUCCCAGACUGAGCUCGCCCUCACCCUCCCCGGUGUGGGACGCCCCAAAAAGCAUGCAGAUCCCCAGCAUGGCCGUCUGGAGCGUCCGCGCGGGUCGAGGAUCGGGUUUCCCCGGCAGGAGGAGACCCAGAGGGGCGGGGCUCACCGGGAGAGGCGGGCGUGGCCGAUCCAGGAUGAAGAACGGAGUUGGCCCGGCGCCUCCGCCGGGGGUCGCCAGCGCGGAGCCGACGGCGUAUCUGUUCCGCGAGGAGGAGGAGAGCUCCAUGCACAGCACCGUGGUGAUCUUCUCCAGCGCCGACUCCUUCACGCUCAAGCAGGACAUGUGUGUGGUGUGUGGGAGUUUUGGACAGGGUGUGGAGGGUCGCCUGCUGGCCUGCGCUCAGUGUGGACAGUGUUACCACCCCUACUGCGUCAACCUCAAGAUCACGAAGGUGGUGCUGAGUAAAGGUUGGCGCUGUCUGGAGUGCACCGUGUGUGAGGCGUGUGGGCAGGCCUGUGACCCCGGUCGCCUCCUGCUGUGUGACGAGUGCGACAUCAGCUACCACACCUACUGCCUCAGCCCACCGCUGCACAACGUCCCUAACGGCAGCUGGAAGUGCAAAUGGUGUGUGUCCUGCACCCAGUGCGGUGCCACGUCGGCCGGGCAGAGGUGCGAGUGGCAGAACAAUUACACCCAGUGUGCCCCGUGUGCCAGUCUGGCCUCCUGCCCCAUUUGUCUGCUCACCUACAGCGAGGAGGAGAUCAUCCUGCAGUGCCGCCAGUGCGACAGGUGGAUGCACGCGUCAUGCCAGGGUGUCCACACAGAGGACGAGGUGGAGAAACUGGCCGACAGCAGCUUCGACUGCACCCUGUGCCAAGGUCACAGCUCCCGCUCUCCAGCAUUAGCACCGGUGGCUAAACCGCAAGCAGAUUUGCCCCCUGAGGUUCCCGCCGCUCCAUAUUUCGCUAUGAAGCCGCGGGAUUUCGACCUGACGCGGACUUACACUCAGGACGGCGUGUGUCUCACCGAGUCGGGUCUGUCCCAACUCCAGAGCCUGGCCAACGCGGCCUCCAGGCGCAGAAAGCCUAAACCUAAACUCAAGCUCAAGAUCAUCAACCAGAACAGCGUCGCCGUGCUGCAGGCGCCGCCCGACCCGCGCGGCGGGCUCUGCAGGGACCCGGACGUGGGCGACAGCCGAGACGGGGAGCUGAUGGUCGGCGAGGGGAAGUCAGACUCCAGUCCCGAGAGAGAGACGGGCGGAGAGGACGACAAGGGAGGAGACGGCUGCAAGAAGAGGAAGAGGAAGCCGUAUCGGCCCGGAAUCGGCGGCUUCAUGGUGAGGCAGAGGAACCGACUGGGCCAAAGCAAAACCAAACCGGCUCUGAGCAGGAAGGACUCCAGCGGCUCGGUCUCCGAAACCCAGCAGAGCAGAGAUGAAGGAUGGGCCGAUCCGAUGCCCGACGUGCCGAUGGACGAGAAGUCGGCCAUGUGCGAUUUCAACGAGAGCGCCGAGGUGAAGGUGCGCAAACGCUACAAGAAGAAGAAAACCAAGCUAGAAGAAGCGUUUCCUACUUAUCUACAGGAGGCGUUCUUCGGGAAGGACCUGCUGGAUAAGAGUAAGCAGAGCAGGCAGGAGACCACCAGGAUGUUCGAGGACGAUAAAGAGUGCAGGCACCACGCCGGCGUCCCGAGACCUGCGCCAUCCGACACGCCGGUCGUCACGUCGACACCGCAGCCUAGUAAAAUGGCACCGCCACGGAGCUGUGAGGAGCCGCUGGUGGAUCUGUCCGAGGUGCUGAAGUCAGACUCAGAACUGCUGGGAAUGCUGUCCGAUAACAUGAGCAAACAGAGUGACGAGUCCGGUCUUGAUUUUUGCCCUUUCCAGGUUGACUGCUCUCCUUCACCGUUUGCCGGACUGGACGUCGCUCCUCUCACAGAAGAGGCUUCGGUUUCCUCUCAGCCCAAUCAUGGCCGGACGUCAUCGCAGGACGAGCCGCUGGACGGCAUCCUGAGUCCCGAGCUGGACAAGAUGGUCACGGACGAGUCCAUCCUGAGCCGCCUGUACAAAAUUCCAGAACUGGAGGGGAAGGACGUCGAAGAUCUGUUCACAGCCGUGUUGAGUCCCAGCACCAGCCAGCCGGCUCAGGUUCCUCCUCAGACCCAGGGAACACACCCUCUGCAUGGACAUCCUGGUCAGGGUCCUCACACCUCACACAUCAACUCAGGAAUGUUUCCCAGAAUGCCGGUGAUGAACGGCAUGAUGCCACCCAAUCAGCAGUUCCCCUCAUCGCAGAUUCCGUCGGGCGCAGGAGUGCCGAGAAACUUCCCCCCCAUGCAGCGGGCACCUUUCUCAGACAAUCCGAGGGACAGGACGUUCGCCCCGAUGGUACGGGACGCAGCGGGUCCGUGGUCCGCCGCGGGACCGGGUCCAGGAUCGGUUUCAGUCCCGAGCCCGGCUCCGUCCCCCGCUCCGGGGUCCGAGGGAGACACGGACUCUUUAUCCACCGCUCAGAAGAGCAUGCUGAAGUGGGAGAAGGAGGAGACGCUGGGGGAACUGGCGACCGUGGCGCCCGUCCUCUACACCAACGUCAACUUCCCCAACCUCAAAGACGAGUACCCAGACUGGCAGACACGAGUGAAGCAAAUCGCCAAGCUGUGGAGAAAAGCAAGUUCCCAGGACAGAGCUCCGUAUGUGCAAAAGGCUCGAGACAACAGGGCCGCGCUGCGCAUCAACAAGGUCCAGAUGACCAACGAGACCAUCAAGAGGCAGCAGCAGCCCCAGGCCUCCCAGCCCAUAGAGACGUUCGACCCCGCCAUUCCUCCCAUGGACCCGGAGCUCCUGUUUAAAGACCCGCUGAAGCACAAGGAGUCCGAGCAGGAGCAGGAGUGGAAGAUGAGACAGCAAAUGAGACAGAAGAGUAAACAACAAGCCAAGAUCGAAGCCACACAGAAACUCGAGCAGGUAAAAAACGAGCAGCUUCAGCAGCAACAGCAGCAGCAGUUAAAAACGGGUCAGUCAGACCUCGACACGUCGGGCAGCCUCCAAAGUCCCGCUUCCUCGCAUUCCAGCAACGAGAACAUGUCUCCCGUUCAGCCCGGUUCUAAAAACGGGGUCGACAAGCCACACCUCACGGGAACCCCGACGUCGGGUUCACCGGACGACGUCUUUUUACGCCCGCAUCCUCCGCCGCCCUCGUCGGGAUCUCAGCCACAAUCCCCUCAGAUGUUCUCGCCAGGUUCUUCUGGAUCUAGGCCGUCCUCACCCUGGGAUCCUUAUUGCAAAAUGGUCGGGACGCCCCGGCCACCGCCGAGCGGCCCCGGUGCUAACCGUCGGAACUCUGAAUCCGGGAAAUCCCCCCGGAGUCUGUCGGAGGAACGUGGGAAGAGCAUCGGGUCACCACCAGCCCUCAGCGUCGACCCAUACGCUAAACCUCCGGACACACCCAGGCCUGGCGGUCAGACGGAUCCCUUCCUCAAGCCCAUGUGCCCUCCCAGGCCUAGUCAGGCCAUCGAAGGCGGGAGGAACCUCAUCGGCUCUCCAGGACACGAUCCCUUCUCCAGGGGAGGCGGAAGAAAGGAAUCGUAUCAACGAAUGCCUCAAGGGAAGAUGAUUCUUUCGGAUCCUUACGCGCGCCCCCUGCUCGCUCCGAUCCCGGGGAGUAACGAGUCUGGGUCCGUCCAGCUUUUCAAAACUCCCAUGCCGCCUCCUCAAGCUCAGGAAUCCGGUACAGCCGUGCAGGCGAGACGAGCGAUGGGCGAUCCCUUCGAGCGGCCGAUGAUGCCACCUCGUUCCUCGGAGGCGUUUCAGCAGAAUGACCCGUACGCGCAUCCUCCGCUGACUCCGCAUCCGGGCAAGAGCGACAGCUAUGAGAAUCAAGCGAGAAUCCCGCGCCAACCUCAGGCCCAUACGUUCGCCCAGCCUGGCACCAUGACCAAUCAGCCCACUUUUGCACACGCGCCCUCGGCGGCAAGGCCAGACUUCUCUACGUGCGAUCCUUUUGGUCAGUCCGCGUAUUCGAACCCGUACGCUCGAAUGCCAGGGACUCCGAGACCCCACGACCCUGAACCUUACUCUCGCCAGUCUGCCCCGUCACAUCCUGUCAGCAUGAACCAAGCAACCUCCCAGCAACCUCAGGCGCACAUCCGGAUGCAGCCUAACAUCUCCAUGGAUCCGUACGCGCAGCCUCCCGGAACGCCGCAUCCCGGCAUUCCUGAGCGAUUCCCCAUGCCCAUGCCACAAAGUCUCCACCCGGUCACUCAUGCUCAGCCGGUCGUGUCCAAUCCAUACGCGCAAGCCCCAAGGACGCCUCAUCCUGCAGGCCAGGGUAUAAGACCGGGAUCUCUGUCCACUCAGGACGCCUUCUCGCCACCUCGGGUCUUGAUGCAGGACGCGUUCGCCACCCCGGCGAUUCCAGGCGCCCAGACUCCGAGGCAUCCUGGUACGGCCGAUGAGAGCAGCGUCUCCCGGUCACCGUCCAGUCAGCCAGGCCAGACUCCAGUCCAUGACCCGUUUGAGCAGAUGUCUACCAAUUCUCACCCCCAGUUUGCUGAAAACGUAGAGCCAGGGUUGGGGCAUGGCACCGUGCCGAUGGGUCAGCAGAAUGUCGAGGUUCAAACUAUCCCUCUAGCAGAGGCUGAGGAAAGGAUGAAACAGCGCCAGCGUAUCCGAGACCUGCUCCUCAGACAGCAGCAGCAGAAGAGUGCCAUCCGUCAAGACAAGAACCCGCAGGAGCAGCAUGUCACCAUGACCCCUGGAACCUCUCAACAGUGGGGUCAGGACAUCGGGGGUCAGCAAAAUGACUUGUUCAACCGUCCGCCGCCACCGUAUCCUGGCCCAGGCGCUGUGAGGAACCCUCAGAGGUUUCUCGGACCGUACCAAGGGGAUCAGCGAGGGCCUGUACCUGACGGCUCAUUUCCUAGACCUCAGUUACCAGGAGACGUUAAUAAUGUCGGGCUACUGGGAGCAAGGUUAGGAUUUAUGCCCGGUGUUCAAACGCCAGCUAUGAGACCCCAUCAAAUGCAGGACUCGAUGAUGGAAGGCCAUCCACAGAUGAGAAGGUCCAUGUCUAUAGAUCUUGGGAAGACGUUAGGAGGAACCCCUAUGGGACUCCAGACUCUGCCACACCAAGUCAUGCACAUGCAGCAGCACAGUAUCAUGGGCCAACAAUUCAUCGAGCUCAGGCACAGACCCCCCGAGAGCAGGUUCCGGCUCCCGUUCGGACCUCAGGUCAUGCAAGGGAACCAAAUGGUUUCACCGUUACAGCUGCAGAGACCUCCGGGGUUCAUGGGUGGACAAGAAAUGGGAUUUUUGGCCAAACCUUUGGAUCCUAAUAUGAAUCAAGGACAAGCGGUGGCGCCGGAGAUGCACGGCACGAUGGGUAUGGAGAACAUGCAUCAAACGAAUGCGCUGAUCCGACCCGGGCAUUAUCAGGUCCCACUCAUGAGGUCGCUCAGCCAACCGGCUUCGAACGAAACCUUCGGAGGUUCCGCCGCGCCGAUGUCCUCUGCGGCGUCGAACGAAGACGCUUUACCGAUGAGCGAAGGACCCGAGGAGAAGAUCGAUCCAGAGGAUUCGGCGGUGAAAGAGCUGGAAGACGUCGAGGUCAAGGAUCUCGUCGAUACGGAUCUAGAGAACGGGGAGGACCUGGAUUUGGCGAACGACCUCCACCUGGAGGAGAUCUUCAUGUCGUCGGGAAAAUUCGAUCUCAUCGCCUACACGGACGCAGACCUCGACCUCAGCGAGGACCUGGACCUCAACGAUCCCAUCGACGACCACGGGCAGAGCCCCGAGCUCCGAAACGAAGACGCCGAGAAGACGCCGUGCAGUUCCUCCGAUCCGUGCGGAGAUGGGAAACCGGAGGUGUCUCCUAGCGACAUCAAAACCGAGGAUUUUCAGAACCAGGGUCCGUUAAAAGCCGAGGAAGAUAUAAAAACCGAAGUGGAUAGUGGGUGUCUGCAGGCGGCUUCGUGCAAGAACCAAACAGCUAAAAAUCCAGCGAUGAAUCAGGAACACUGCGCAAGCAUCACCCAAGCUGGUGUUCACCUCGAUGCCACUCCAGUACUCUGUAGUUUACUGGUGUCGCCAGAUAACAAAUCGCACAAACAGGACGGCUUCGGCCAAUCAGCAUCUCAGAGCAGCCUUCAGAACCUUCAGAGCUCCACGUACGCACUGAAAAUGGAAUCUGGCCCGGUUACAGACCCGUCUCGCGAUGCUUCGGAACAAGGUCCCAUCGAGGACGCGGCCUCGGCGUCCGUGUUCGGACUGGACCAGAAGGACGCCCUGCUGUCGGCCGAGCAGCCCGGCGCGGCGCUGUCGUCCCAGCAGGGCCAGCAGAACCGCCUGCUCCUCCUGGAGGAGCAGCCGCUGCUCUUGCAGGACCUUCUGGAUCAGGAGAGGCAGGAGCAGCAGCAGCAGAAGCAGAUGCAGGCGAUGAUCCGGCAGCACUCCAACGACACGUUCUUCCCCAACAUAGAUUUCGAUUCUAUUACGGACCCUAUCAUGAAGGCGAAGAUGGUGGCCUUGAAAGGGAUCAAUAAAGUCAUGGUGCAGAACAACAUGGGGAUGUCGCAGAUGGUCCUGAACAAGCUACCGAUGGCUGCUCAAGCAGGGCAGGGGCCACCGGCUGCAGAAGUGUGUGUUCCUCCCCAACAGGCGAUGCCACAGGAUCUCAAACUGGCUGCGUUCAUGUCAAGACCAAGUCCUCCAAGCUUCGGUCAAGGGUUUACCAACGACGCCCAGAAGGUUCAGUAUGAAGACUGGCUGCGGGAAACCCAAAAGCUUCUCCAGAUGCAGCAGAAGUUCCUGGAGGAGAAGAUCGGCGCCCACCGGAAGUCCAAGAAGGCUCUGUCGGCCAAGCAGAGGACCGCCAAGAAAGCCGGGAGGGAUUUUCCCGAGGAGGACGCCGAGCAGCUGAAGCUCAUAACGGAGCAGCAAGGCGUGGUGCAGAAACAGCUGGAACAGAUCCGUAAACAGCAGAAGGAGCACGCCGAGCUGAUCGAAGAGUACAGGGUCAAACAGCAGCAGGGCGGCAUGCAGCCUCCCGUGAUGCCGGGCGUGAUGCCCAUGCAAGGUCACCCGGGCAUGGUUCCGGCCGCCCCCGUGAACCAACCGCUUAUACAGGUGCGUCCCAGCCAAGCAAACGUUCCCAGCAUGCCAGGCUGGCACCCCGGACCUCAGGGUCCCGUCGUUCCCCACCAGAUGAUGCCGGGUCAGCCUCCUCAACAGGUCCUCGCCAGGCCCGGUCAGGUCCAAGUCUCGGCGGAGUCGCCUCACGUGAAUUUUGACGACACCAACCCGUUCAGCGAAGGUUUCCAGGAGCGGGAACGGAAGGAGAGGCUGCGUGAGCAGCAGGAGAGGCAGCGGGUGCAGUUGAUGAAGGAGGUCGAGAGGCAGCGCUUGAAGCAGCAAAUGGAAAUGCAGCAGCAGCAGCAUCAACUCCUCAACCAAGAGAGCAACGCGAGGUCCCUCUCACAGAUGCCGUUCUUCAACCAGAACCUGCCUCAGGACUUCAUGCAGCAUAGAUCUCAGCAGCAGAUGCAGGGGCCGGGGUUUACCCAACAGCCUGGGAUUGGACCCAUGAUGGGAAACGGUCCCUUCCCUCAGGACAUCAGACCAGGUUUCGGGUCAGACACCCAAGUAGGCCCUCAUGGACCUAAUUUCGUUCAAGGCCAACCCAGACCUCUUAGAUUUCCAGGAGCGAACAUGGUGCUUCAGAAUCCGGGGCAGGGUCAUCCUUUCGGAGCGGACUCCUCCAUGCCCUUGCCUCCGAACUUCCCAGGUUCUGGUCAAUCCCUGAUCCAGCUCUACUCCAACAUCAUCCCGGACGAAAAGGGCAAGAAGAAACGGACCCGCAAGAAGAAGAACGACGACGACUCGGAAUCUCUCCGGGCGCCCUCCACGCCCCAUUCGGACCUGACCGCCCCGCUGACCCCCUGCGUCUCCGACACGUCAUCCACGCCCACCAGGAUCCCCUUGCUCUUCGGAGAUCAGGAGCUGUUCGAGACCUCUCAGCUCGGCUCCUCGACCCCGGGCUCCCUGGGCAGCCAGCCUCACUCCGAGCUGGAGCGCCAGCUCUCCGAGGGGAGCUGCUACGGAGGCUCCGAGGUCCACCUGAGUCAGGAGAUGCACGACAGGAUCCUCACCAACAUCAAGCUGGAGAGGAUCGAGGCCAGCGACUGCCACGGUCACAAGGGCGCCGAUUUGGACGUGGGUAUGGGCAUCGUGAAAGUGGAAGGGUUUAAGGAAAGCGUCUCGCCGCAUCGCGCGGGGCAGAGUCCGGCCGGCAGCUCGAGAGGAGAAGGAGGAAACGAGCUCCUGAAGCAUCUGCUGAAGAACAGGAAGACGCUGCCACACGGACAGGCGCACCGGAUGUCCGAGGACAGUCUGAGGUCAGGGGAGGAGAUGUCCACCGACAGCAAGGCUCUGAUGAGGCAGAGUUCCGUAGACAGCACCGGGACCUUCUCAGACAGGGAGUUCGCCUUCAAUCCGGACUUCGGCGGGACCUUCUCCGACGACAAGAAGAAACAGAAGAACAAGAGGCCUCAGAAGGGCGGCGACCGCCCGGCCCCUCGCUCCAAAAAGAGGAAGAAGGAGGACGAGAGGCACGUCAUGUUCUCCUCCUGCGCCGAGCCCAUGAUGACCAACCUAAAACAGCAGCAGCAGCAGCAGCAGAACUCUCUCCUGCCCCUCAUGGAGCCUUUAGUCAGGGUAAACUUCGCCCACUUUGUGCCGUACGGUGGUAGCCAGCUGGACGGCGAGAGCCGCCUCUCGGGGACGUUCGGGAGCGCCUCGCUGGACGGCAUGUCGGACUAUUACUCCCAGCUCAUUUACAAGCAGAACAAUCUGAGUAACCCUCCCACCCCUCCGGCCUCGCUGCCCCCGACCCCUCCGCCCGUGGCACGCCAGAAGCUGCUCAACGGAUUCGCCACCACCGAGGAGCUGGCGGCCAAAGCGGCCGUCGUGAGCAGCCACGAUGUAACCAAGGGCCUCCCCGCGAGGCCACUGCACGUGCCGUUCAAGACCGAGGAGGAGCUCCUGGCGCGGGCUCUGGCCCACGGACCCAAAACGGUGGACGUGCCCGCUUCUCUACCCACGCCGCCCCACAACAACCAAGAGGAGCUGAGGGGGCAGGAGCACUGCGAGGACAGGGACACGCCCGACAGUUUCGUCCCCUCCUCGUCUCCGGAGAGCGUGGUCGGCGUGGAGAUCAGCCGCUACCCCGAUCUGCGCCUGGUGAAGCAGGAGCCCCUGUCUCCGUGCCUUUCUCCCAUCAUGCCCAUGCUCCCCAGUUCCAGGGGGAAAGGGUCGGAGGUGAAGCUGAGCAAGAUCAAGACCGAACCUCCCGGCAUGUUCUUGGGCUCUGCGUUCGGGGCGCGGCAGAACGGCGCCGGCCUGGUCUCCAUAGCCAUCACUCUGAAACCGUCCGCGGCCGAGAACAUCACCGAUGUGGUCGCGGCCAUCGCCAACCUGAUCCAGGUCAAGAUCCCCAGCAGUUACGAAGUGAGCGGCGGGCCGUGGCUGCACGCCAACGCGGGUGCCCAUAGGGCGUCGGCGCAUGGUGUUGAUCCACGCCCUUUCCAUGCUCAGCGGCUGAAUCUGGCGCACUCGGGAACGCAGCAGCAGAACCAGCACGUCCAUCUGAAGCACGGUAAAAGUCCAAUGGGAGGCAGAGAACUGUACCGAGAGGGGGCGAGCAGUCCGGGCCCCAAACCGCAGUGGUGUCGGAACUGUAAGGUGGUCAUCCUGGGCAGCGGCGUGAGGAAACCGGGCAAAGAUCAGCCAAUCAAAGCACAGGAGUCUCGGCCCGGUUCUGACGGGGAUCUGGUGUUCUGCAGCCACAGCUGCCUCGUCCUGCACUCCUCGAGCCAGUCCAAGUCCAGCGGAGACGCCAAGGCGUCUGUGGCUCUGCUGUCCAGUAUUUCGGUGAAAGAAAGUCCAUCCAAAGCUCAGCACCAGUACAGCAACAACAUGUCCUCUCUGGACGUCCACUGUCUGGCUCAGCUUCAGCCCAAAGUUUUACCCUCGUCCCCGACCGUCCCCGGUCUGACCCCUGCGGCGCCGCUGCAGCCCAAGCUGGAGCCGAACCUUCCCGAGACCCCGGACCUGAAAGUGAUGGUGAAGCCUCGCUUCCAGAGCGUCUCCGAGGAGAAGCCGUGGCACCACGCCGGGAAGCGCUGGAAGGGUCUGCGCUGGCGCAAGUGGACCAUCCAGAUCCUGGCGCGGAAGUCCGGCUCUCCGGCGCCGGAGAAGGCGGUGGAGGAUCUCCUGCUCCAGCUGACGUCGUCCCUGCGGCCCUGCUCGUCCCUGCGCGACCGGCGCCGCUGCUGCUUCUGCCACCAGGAGGGCGACGGGCUGACGGACGGCGCCGCUCGCCUGCUGAACAUCGACCUGGACACCUGGGUGCACCUGAACUGCGCCCUCUGGUCGUCGGAGGUGUACGAGACGCAGGCGGGCGCCCUGAUCAACGUGGAGCAGGCUCGCCAGCGCGGUCAGACCGUGACCUGCGCCUUCUGCCAGCGCCUGGGGGCCACCAGCGGGUGCCACCGGCUCCGCUGCCUGAACGUCUACCACUUCACGUGCGCCCUGCAGGCCGGGUGCACCUUCUUCAAGGACAAGACCAUGCUGUGCCAUCAGCACCGCCCCAGGAUCUCCGGCUCGGGGGCGCUGUUCCACCUGGAGGAUCAGCGUCUGCGCUGUUUUUCGGUUUUCCGCCGGGUCUACGUUCAGCGUGAUGAGCUGCGCCUGUUGACGGCGGUAGUCCAGCGGCCCGAGCUCGGACACACCUUCCGUGUGGGCAGCCUGCUCUUUCAUAACAUGGGGCAGCUUCCUCCCACGCUGAUGCCCAACUUUCACACAUCGAACGCCUUCUUUCCUCCCGGAUACGAAGCCACCCGGCUGUACUGGAGCAUGAGGCACGGGCGCCAACGCUGCCGCUACGUCUGCACCAUCGAGGAACACCAGGGUCGCCCGGAAUUCUGCAUCAGGGUGGUGGAACAGGGGCACGACGACCUGCUGCUCACAGACACCACGGCUAAAGGAGUCUGGGAGAAGGUUCUAGUCUCAGUAGCUGAGAGGAGAGCAGAAACAGGGAUGCUCAGGUUGUUCCCCGUCUACCUGAAGGGUGAAGAUCUGUUUGGAUUCACGGUGUCUGCAGUAACACGCAUCGCAGAAUCCCUGCCGGGUGUGGGGGCGUGCUCCAGGUACCGCUUCCGUUACGGGCCGAACCCCAUGUUGCAGCUUCCGUUAUCCAUCAACCCGUCAGGCUGUGCCCGGUCCGAGCUCCGGAGCUACCCGCAGUGCCGAAGGUCGGAGAUCCUGUCCGCGUGGAACCGGGUCUCCUGUGUGAUCCAGAAUUCGGCUCCGGCGGAGGGCGGCUCGUCCCACAGCAAACACUUCAUCCACUCCAAAUCGUCCCAGUACCGCCGCCUGAGCAGCGAGUGGAGGAGCAACGUUUACCUCGCUCACUCCCGAAUACAGGGUCUGGGACUGUUCGCUGCUCGGGUCAUUGAGAAGCAGACGAUGGUGAUCGAGUAUCUGGGGAGCAUCCUGCGUACUGAAGUAGCCAUGAGGAAGGAGCUGCACUACAAGACCAAGAACCGAACGUCGUUCAUGUUCCGCAUCGACGGCGAGUACGGGAUCGAUGCCACCUGCUCCGGAAGCCCUGCAAGGUAUAUCAAUCACUCCUGCUCGCCCAACUGCGUGGCGGAGGUGGUGACCUUCGAGCGAGGCUACAAGAUCAUCAUCAGCUCCAAUCGGCGCAUCGAAAGAGGAGAAGAGCUGUGCUACGAUUACAGACUGGCCGCGGUGGAGAACCAGAACAAGACGCCGUGUCUGUGUGGGGCGCCCAACUGUCGGAAGUGGAUGAACUGAGUCCGGGAGGCGGCACGGCUGGACGCGUGUCAGAGGAGGGUUCAUUAACCUGCAUGUGCCAUGCGAGCGUGUGUGUGUGCGUGUGUGCGCGCGUGUGUGAGACGCCAUGCGAGAGAGCAAGAGCGCGCGAGAACGAUCACUGUGCCGGUUAUGCCUUAUGGGUUGUGGAGGUGGGCGGGGCCGUCCGUGAUUGGCGGAGACUGUAGCGUAGAACAUCACUGAAUGAAGAAUGUACGGACGCGGUUCCGCAUCAAGGAAAAAUAAACAAGUUGCACUAAAACGAAGAAGACGGACGAAACUCGCUGAAAAAAAAAAAAAAAUGAAUACUUGAUUCCGUGAGUCAGUUUUAUCCUCGGUUGUUGUUUCCGUGUGUGUGUGUGUGUGUGUGUUUGUGCGUGUGUGUGUGUGUGUGUGUAAGAAAAUGUUUUGUAUUUAUUACAGUGUGAUGAAUGAGUGAAUAUUUUUAAUGUGAUAAUAAUGAGAGGAAGACGAAACAAAACAAACAAAACAGCAGCGAAGGUUUGAAGAGAUUCUGUUACAUCAGUGAUGUAAAUAAAUUGUAAAUAACGCGAAAUAUCCGAACGACGAUCGACCAAAUACUUCCUUCCUUCUUCACGUGGAUGUUUCAGACGUGCUCGUCCUCCUUCGUUUUCCUCCUGCUUUGGACACUUAUUUAAUUACGGACGCGCCCGUUUUUUUCCCGUCUCAGAGUUUAUUUCGUACGACGGUCUGUACAGAAUCGCGGCUUCGCUUCACUACAGUAUUUUUCUGGCUGGUUGUUGUGGCGACUCGGGUGAUUGAAGCUUCUUUGUCGUGAGUCCACACGCCAAUCGAAGGACGUCUUCGUGAGGGCUUCGGAACACGUUUAUUUAGAGUGAAGUCAUAUCUUUACGUUGGUAUAAUUUCAUGUUUAUGAACAGCGUUUAUCAGGGUUUGAUUAGAAAAACUUUUGUAGUAAUGGAGGAGGAUAAAAACGCUUCAUUGUUCAGGCGUAAUAGAUAACGUGCAGCAAUAGCUCAGCGGUUAAGAUACUGGACUAGAGCCGCUCCGGUGGCGC